AUGAAACAGGACGAAGAGGAUAAGAAGAAGGCGAUCCAAGUUUCUACACCCAGUUCUGUCGGGUCGACGCUGCUUCCAACGUCCAUCGCCAAUGUCGUGAGCUUGGUUACCAGGUCAUCUUCCAUAUACCUUCGACUGGGUACCUUUGUCGGCGGACUCGCUCUCGAUGGAGCACGAGCAACAACACUUACGGGCCUGGAGCUCAGUCGUGCUUUGAUCGAAACCAUCCUCAUACGUUCCGGUCGAGAAGUGUCAGAAAGAAGCAUUGGAGAGGUUGGAAGGGCAGAAGCAGAAGGAAUACUGGAUAGAAGUGUGGCAACAUUACACAGGACGAUAACAGGAAUAUCAUUCGCUGCAAGCACGGGUUUUCAUUUCAGUUCAGCAGUAUUAUCGUCAGCGACAGAUAUUAGCCAGCAGCUUUUGGGUGCAUUAGACGGUAUACUUGGGAGUACGGAUUCGAGUCGAGCAAUCGCGAGCAUAAUUACGUUGAUAAGGAGGGAAUUUCAAAAUCCGGCAACGGGAAGAGAAGGAGAGAAAGUUGGAGUAGCCGACUUACUGAGUGGUAUCUGCGGGCUGGCACUACUGCAGAAAUGGUGUACAACAAUGACAGCUUUGGAAUAUAAGGAGGGACGAUUUGAGGAGGUUAUUUGGGAUGUGGUGAUAUUGGAUAACGGGCGCAGGGCUGAUGUGGUAGGUCAAGUGGAUGGAAGAGCCGUAGCGGCAUUACCAAGAUCUGAUUCGAUGUCGUUUAUUUCAACACGCGGCAAUGAGGUUUUGGAAACGAUCGAGAGAGAUGGAGGGGCUAAAUCGGAUUCCGAGGAUGAAUUACCAGAGAUCAUCCUUCGGCAAAAGAUUAUGAGAUCUUUGCCUGCUGGAUCAUCAGUUUCAAUCACAACAUCAACUAAAACGACAAAGACAAUCACUGUUGAGAUAACAGGUAGUCAGCCAACUGACCUUACGCCCCCGCCCGGUGUAGAAAUCAUCGAGGAGGAUGAAGGUGCUCGUGCAACACGUUUAAUGGAUUCAGCAGCUGGUACUGAGAGCCCGAAAGUUGUAGCGUUACAUCCCACGUAUAGAGUGGUUUACCAGAUCAAGAAAGACACGGAAAAAUCAAGUCGUAUCAAUCCUUCUAAUGAGGAGCACGUCUAUGUGCCUGUUUCUAGUCCAGUUGAACGCCCACUGCCUCUACCACCACGGCCCACGACCUUUUUCAUCUCACCUAUCUCAUCGCCCGAGGUAGAAAAGACGAUGGAGAUGUCUCCUGUCUCAGACGCAGAAGGAAACGCUAAUACAGAUUAUUCUGUAGCUGAUCUGAAAGAGCUUCCGCCCGUUCCACUGGAUGACGAUCUAGCACCAAGAGGUGAUACGGGAAAUCUUUCGAACCAGAAAAGGACGAGGAAGCCCUUAAGCUCCUCAUCAUCUUUCAGUGGGACUGACAACCAGCCACCAAGGAUGUUGACAAGCAAAAAGUCACCACCCACGAAAAAGCCAAAAGUAGUUAAAAUGCCCCCAAAGCCUGCUGAAAAGAAGAACUCGAUCAGAAAUGCCAUCAAGCGAGGUUCGAGCUCAACAUUGUCUCAUUUUCUCCCGAAAGACAACUCUACCGCUGAUACCAGCAGCGCCCCACCACAACCUAAAGAAUCCAAAAAGCCAGCUUGGAACACUCCAGUUACUCCAGCGAAAUCAAAUAUACCUGUCAGCGCUCAAAAAGCUAAUAUGACGCCCCUCCGAGAAGCACUUCGCGCACCUCAGCGUGGAAAUCAUAAUUACUUUUCCUCUCGAGAUCUCGGCUCGCUGCAAGCUGCUGACAUCAGAAGAAGCCCAUCAAGAUCAAGCCAUUACUCUGUGGCAGAUCAACGAGCAGGAUCGGUUGUUUCACAUACGGAAACAUACUCAAUACAUUCCGCAGAAUCUCGACCGGGCUCACCUACUGCUUACAGGACACAUUUACGAGCGCACAGUAACCUCAUAAGAGCAAGAUCGGAAAAGAAUAUAUCCAACAAUGAGCUUUCCCAAAGCAAAGCUCAUCGACGGACGAAGAGUCACGUCCCAAGUAUAUACACACUCAAGACCAAUGAAUCAAUGACCUCGCUUGUUCUGGCUUCGCGUCCAAGACACAGCGCAUUUGAAGAUCCUCAUUCUUUGGAAAACUUUGUAAGGACUGGUCUGGUUGAAGGCAUGUUCCCACAGCACCACCUUGUCAGAAAUAUCACCAGAUUUGUACGAUUUGCUUCCGCCUCGUAUGGCUCGAGUUUCCUACGGGUCAUGGGCAUUAUGGCGACUGACGCCGUAAACAAAGACUUCGACACUUCCCACCACCACGAACAUCAUUCCUUCUCGACACACACCCAGCUGCCAGCGGAUACGAUAUUACUAUCAUCCUUCGUUGAUCCACAAGGCGGUACCGACUCCUCUGGCAUGACAGAUACCGGCGUACCCAUGGUCCAUUUCGUCUCUCUCGACCACGACUCCAAAGCCGUUGUCCUCACAUGCAGAGGAACCCUCGGAUUUGAAGACGUCCUGACGGACAUGACAUGCGACUACGACAUACUAACCUGGCGCGGCCAAGAUUACUCCGUCCACAAAGGCAUCCACGCCUCCGCUCGCCGUCUCCUAAACGGCAAAAGCAGUCGCGUAAUGGCCACCAUAACCGCCGCGCUCGAAGAAUUCCCCGACUACGGCCUCGUCCUCUGCGGUCACAGUCUCGGCGGCGGAGUCUCUGCCCUCCUUGCGAUCAUGAUCUCUGAACCCUCGCCUGACCCCGCCUCAACUGCCUUUAUCACCUCGAACCCACCACCGCAGCCACUUCUCCUUACUACUGGCUCUGCAGGCACAGCGCCCUCACCCCUCCAUCUUCCUCCGGGCCGCCCGAUCCACGUCUACGCCUACGGUCCCCCUGCGACCCUCUCACCCUCCCUCCGCCUCGCCACGCGUGGCCUCAUCACCACCAUCGUCAACAACCAAGAUCUAGUCCCCUAUCUGUCUCUCGGCGUGCUGCAUGAUCUACAAGCUGUCGCGUUGGCUUUCAAAACUGAUGAGUCAGGUGCGAAAGGGCAGUUUCGAGAGAGGGUCUGGAAGGGGAUUAUGGAAGGGCUGAGACGAAAGUGGUAUGCUGGUGCUGACCAGGGGGUUGGUGAAGGUAUGAGUGGAGAGGAAAUGGGAGAAGAGGAUCAGUGGGCGUAUUCAGCGCUUAAGGCCUUGAGGGCUUGUAUGUUGAGUUCGAAGUUGGUUCCGCCUGGAGAGGUGUUCGUAGUUGAGAGUUGUCCGGUGCUGAAGAGAGAUGCUUUUGUUGAGGGUGGAUUGGGCAGUAGGGGAAGUGAAAGGGGAAGUGGACUUGGCAGACCGGCUACGAGAGCUGUGUUGAGGUAUGUGAGGGAUGUGGAGAGGAGGUUUGGUGAGGUGAGGUUUGGUGGGAGUAUGCUUUUGGAUCAUAGUCCGGGGCGGUAUGAGGCUAGUUUGGGGGCGCUUGGGAGAGGGGUGUUGUUGUGA